AUGGUUAUCGGGGCAAUACUCCUGACUGGCGCAUCUCUAACAGCAAGUGUACUGGUCCUACAAGUAGCAGUACUUCCACUGUUAUUCAAAUAUAAUAAAUCCGUACAUAGAAAGAUAGUUUUCUCCAAUUGUAUAAAUUAUCCAAAAAACCUUGAUUUCGAAAGACCUUCCAGUUGCAAUGUUUUGGGAUGCAGAAACUAUAAAAUAGAUUUUCAUUCUGCUGUCGACAAGUGUGCUGUAGAAUUGGGUGUAUGGCACAUCAUACCUUGUUCCCUCUUUCGGGAAUUAUUUGUGGUCCACGAUAAUUUAACACUUGAAAAAAGACUUCACAACGAACUGAAGAGAACACAUAGUACUGUUAUUCUUUAUUGCCAUGGAAAUUCCAACCACAGAGCGUCGCCGCACCGCUUGCAGCUGUACAAAGUGUUUCAAGAGAUGAAUUUUCAUGUUAUCACGUUCGAUUACAGAGGUUACGGAGAUUCGACACGCGUGCGUCCAACAGAAAAUGGUGUAGUGGAAGACGCCCUCCAUGUUUACACCUGGCUGAUGGAAUGCGUCAAAGACAAUGAAAGACGUUCUAUUGUAAUAUGGGGUCAUUCUCUCGGUUCAUCAAUAGCAGCUAAUUUAGUAUCACAUCUUGAUAAGCUAUGUUCAGAACGCGGCGUCGCUUGCCUGCCGCCGCCUCGAGCUUUAGUACUAGAAGCGCCGUUCAACAAUUUGCUUGAGGAGAUAGAGAGACAUCCGUUUUCAAAAUUCGUUUCCUGGCUGCCAUACUACAAGGAUUCCUUUGUAAAGCCUUUCUCUUCGGAGUAUACCUUCGCGACAGACCAGUAUCUCAGCAGCGUCACCGACAUACCUGUUCUGAUGCUGCACUCGAAAGGAGACAAGAUCGUGCCUUACGAAUUGGCUGUUAAGCUGUAUGAACGCAUAAAGUGUUCAAGGAAGGAAGAUGGAGCAACGGUUGAAUUUCACGUUUUUGAUAAAGGACACAAUGAUAUAUGCGAAGCACCCGACUUACCUCGAGUUCUUACAAAUUUCUUAAAACUAAUUAAAGAGGAUGCCGUUAAUAACAUAAACAUGAAAAAUAGGUAAUAAUUAACUUAAAGAUACGAACAUUUAUAUUUAAAUAAUUAAAUUGAAUUAUUUACUUA